ACACCUAAGAUCUUCUACUAGUCUGCUGGAAAUAGAAAGAAGAAGAAGAAGGAGGAAAAAGCAAGAUGGUGUUUGGGGGAGAAAGUCUAAACGUGGGCAUUAUAGGUCUGUAUUUCUAAUCAGUGCAUACAUGUGCACAUAUAUGUUGUUUAAUAGAGUAAACAUCGUCAAUAAUUGUUUGUAUCCGGAUACAUUAGUCUGAGCGCAUUUGACGCUUCUUCGCUUGUUAGCUAGCUUAGCCUGUUAGCUGCUAACAAAGACGUGACACAUUCGUACAACUACGCGCGGAUUAAGAACACAAAAUUAGUGAUCAACACACAUUGCCAAGCAGAGAAGGAGCGACAACAUCAACUAUGGACGCUGUUUUCAAGAAACAUCAAGUUGUGUUACACAUAACAGACGUCUGUGAAGAACAUCUUCACCCUGAGCAACAGCAGUGGAGCUUCAGGAUGCGGACGGGGGAGCCACAGCCUUCCCACAUUAAGAAGGAAGAGGAAUACCCACUGAUCCCCCAUUUUAAAAAGGAAGAGGAGGACCCACUGACACCCCAUUUUAAAGAGGAAGAGGAGGACCCACUGACACCCCAUUUUAAAGAGGAAGCGGUGGAUCCACAGAGCCCUCACAUUAAGGACAAAGAGGAGGACCCACUAACCCCUCACAUUAAAGAGGAAGAGGAGCAACACAGCAUCACUCAGCAGGGAGAGCAUCUUGAAGGACUGGAGGAGGUUGAUGUCACCAAGAUGCCAGUGACUGGUGUCCCUGUGAAGAGUGAAGAUGAUGAGGUCAAAGGUGAAAGUGAGGAGAAGAGAGAGGCGGAGCCUCCAAGCAGCAGCUCAACUCAACACAUGACAACAGAAGCUGAUGGAGACCACUGUGGAGGAUCUCAAGCAGACAAGCUCUUAGCUCCACUAUCAGAUAGUGAGGACACAACGUUGCAAUCUCCUGACACUGAUGAUGAAGACUCUAAAGAUGAUAAGACAUGUCACACUGACAACACACACUUCACAUGUUCUCACUGCGACAAAACCUUUAAAUACCAUUGUCGUCUGAAAGUACACAUGAGAAUACACACUGGAGAAAAACCGUUUUCAUGUUCAAUAUGUGGUAAAGAUUUUGUUCGAAGGCACCAUUUCAAAGCACACAUGAGAAUACACACCGGAGAAAACCCAUUUAUGUGUUCAAUUUGCGGUAAAAGAUACACCGAACAAAAAUAUUUGGUAAGACACACAAGAAUACACACUGGUGAAAAACCUUUUAUCUGUUCAGAAUGUGGUAAAGGGUUUUCGCAAAAUGUCUAUUUGAAAGCACACAUGAGCACACACACUGGAGAAAAACCUUUCUCAUGUUCAGUCUGUCAUAAAGGUUUUAUACAACGUGGUGAGUUGAAAAGGCACAUGAGAACACACACUGGUGAAAAACCUUAUACAUGUUCAAUAUGUUGUAAAAGUUUUAUACAAAGACCGCAUUUGAAAGUACACAUGAUAACACACACAGGUGAGAAAGUGUGGAGUUGCAGUUUGUGUGGUGAAAGAUUCUCUUAUAAGAAGCAGUGUAAGAAACACAAGUGUGCUGGUGAGAAAAGCAGCAGCAAAUGAAGAUGCAGGAUUUGAAAUGAACUGUCAAAACUUUAACUUUGACCUUCUAACAACAUCAGCACAUAGAUUCUAACAUUUAUAGAUUAUAUAUUUUAGAUUAUUGCUUUUUUCAGUCAAGUACAUGUUUUAAUAUACAACAUUGUGUACUUUUAUUUAAAAAUGAACGUAACACUUUGACUGUAAAGGUGAGAAUAAACAGGACAAAACAUGUUACAAAUACUUUGUAUGUGUAUAGAGAUAUUCAGAAAUCAUUUUUAAUUAUUAAUGAUAUUAUAGAUUAACUCCUUUAUAUGAUGUACAUAUUUGUUUUGCAUGUGUUCAUGCCUUUGCUUUUGAGUACACAUAAAUCCCUCUUAGUUUAUAAUUACUGGUUCACAUCUGAAACAUCUUCUGGACCACUUCUGGAAGCCUAUUAUUAUUUACUUUAUACAUCAUUUGAGCAGUUGUGUUUUAUACAAGAUCAUUUACUUUUAAAAUGUGUGACUUUAUGAAUCAUUUGUUGGGUCUCAAUAAUCCAUUCUUUUAAUUAUCUUUAUUACUCUAUUUUGUAAUAUGAAUAUUGUUUUAUACUGUAUGUAUGUCCCCUUUAUGCAAUAUGUAGAUUAGAGAAAAUGGCAACAUUAUAUGUGGAAGGUUUUGUUUUUAAUAAUCUACAUUUCUUAUUAAAAAACUACACAUGACAAUUGUUUUUUAAAGUUGUUUUUCCCCCUUUUUUAGAAUCCCUCAAACAUUAUCAAUUUCAGAAAACAUGGGAAAGUUUGGAAUGUUAGGGAAAAGUGAAUAAUGUACAUCAUCCCACAGAGCUUUACUGUACAUCCAUCCAUUUUUUCUACCACUUGUUCUUUUCAUUGUACAGUAUAUGUAUAGCCUUCAAUCACAAACUUGCCCGCCAAAGGGUGUUGCGUUUUGGAGAAACUCCUUCUGUCAGAGUGCUGUUCAACACAGUAAGGAGGAACCCAGGGUUGCUCAGGACGCUGAGUAAAACGCUUCUUUUACUGCGGAAAUCUACUCACAGAAACAAUCCAAACAGGAGGAAACAAAAAGCGACGUUGCGAAAAAGAGAAAACUAAAUGUGCAUCGUGGAAAAAAGAACACAAGCUACUUAUAUACAAAAAUAAACUCAACUUGGUUUGGAGUUACAAGACAUGCGAACUACAAAACAACACCAAGAUGGAUGGCACUGGGAAUGGCCAAGGUAGCAAAAUACUCGAAGAGUAGCGUGGAAUCGCAGAGUGCCAUCCAGCUGUCAAGGUGCUGCUUAAGUAGCACCAGGGUCAAUUGGAAGCAGCUGUGCAUGUCCCACAACUCCGCCCACAAGGGCAACACAGGAACUCUAGGAGGAAGGAGAAAUGUAAGAACAAGGUCAACUGCACCAAAAGAGGAAAACUGACAAUACAAACCGCAAGGUGGCAGCAGGCGGUGACAACUUACCUCAAAUUAAUUUGGAAAAAAAUGGACUGAGCAUAAGAGAUAAAUCACCACAAAUAAAGUGAAAUCAUUCAAAAAGUUUACCUUUGUAACUCACUUCUAUCCAAAUAAAUCCAGGAUGUUUCUCCUGAAUGUUCCAUUUGAGAAUGCUGUCAAACUGUUAU